AUGGCAAGAACAUCAAAUCCUCUUGAAAUUGGAAGAGUUAUAGGAGAUGUUAUUGAUUAUUUCUCCACAACAGUUCAAAUGUCUGUCACUUACAACUCCAAAAAGCAUGUCUACAAUGGCCAUGAGUUGUUUCCUUCCACAGUGAGCUUUAAACCUAAGGUUGAGGUUCAUGGAGGUGAUAUGAGAUCAUUCUUCACUCUGAUUCUGAUAGACCCUGAUGUUCCUGGUCCUAGUGAUCCCUUCCUCAGGGAACACUUACACUGGAUUGUUACAGACAUUCCAGGCACAACUGAUUCCUCAUUCGGAAGAGAAGUGAUGAGCUAUGAAGUGCCAAAGCCGAACAUAGGGAUCCACAGGUUUGUAUUUGUUCUCUUCAAGCAGAAAAAAAGGCAGACAAUGGAUGCACCACUUUCCAGGGAUAAAUUCAACACCCGAAAAUUUGCAGAAGAAAAUGAACUUGGCCUUCCUGUGGCUGCUGUGUUCUUCAAUUGCCAGAGGGAAAAAGCUGCGAGAAGACGCUGA